GGUCGCGCCUACAGUAAGUUAUUCGCUGAUAGCGAGUGAACCGACGAUAAACGGUCGGUGAUAAGGGCAUACCGCUUUGGCGGUAUUCUGUAGAAGGCGGGAAUGUUUGAAAACCAUGUUUGCGUGUGUAUCAAUGAAUUCGAGUGAUGAUCCUAGAUCCUAUGGCAUUUUUAUGACCAUUUGACAUUUUUUUGCAAAAAUGAAAAAUGAAUGAUGGUCAAAAGUGUAAGGUGUAAUGCUGUGGUCGAAUAAAUAAUAAAAAUAUAAAAUAUCAAUAUAAUUAAUUAAUUAAUCAGCCGUGCGAUUUCGUUACCCGCAUGGGUUACCUGCCUUGACUCUUGUUAUUGUCGCCGUUCCAAGACAAUGUACUGCCGACGUCCGACAAACCGUUCUUAAACAUCCGACUGCCGUCCGUCGCUGUUCAUUAUUUUGUAAAACAAAAAAAACAGCGGACAACACAAUGAAUAAGACCAAGACCGAAAUCGUUAUAAUGGCGGGUGUCACCGUCACAAAUUUAAUCAUAAAUGGGGCGGUGCACACCCUGCACCUUGGCGCAGUACCGGGCGUUCCGGCUGCAGCAUCCGCGGCACCGCCGACCAAGACCACCAACGCGGCGCUCGAUCCGCCGCCGCAAAAGGCGCUGAAACGUCGAUGUUAUCGAUGCAACCGCACCGGCCAUACGAUCCGGCAAUGCCUCGCCCCCCACACACCUUGGAGACGUCAUAGUGUGACAUCGGCCCGUGGUAGGCAGAUGUCCCUAGUGACAAGGCCGCCGCGGAGUCUUUCCGAAAGGUCGAGGACACCGGCCCUCGAAAAAAAUUCUGCUGCCCACCCGAUUUCUCCCACCACCACCGAGUCAUCCGACAUGAAUGAAAGUGGACCACCCCACCUGUGGUAUUGGAGAGACCACUAUGUUGGAUGAAUCCUAUCAAUCGGCGGUGGCGGUGGUGUCUCAUAUGACAAUAUAACUGUAAGUAAGUUGUCAAUUGGAUAUUUUUUUUUAAUGCAAUUAUUAUAACAAUAUUUUUUUCCUUUAAUAUUUUUCAG